AGUACGGCCGGGGGCGUUACCCUAACGGUGAUUUGCAUAACCACAACAAGCUUUGAGCAUGGCAACUUGUCACGCUGUUUGAGUAGCAUAGCUUCUCAUUCUGAUUUCAUAGCGAUUAGUUCCUCACAGAGAAGAUAGCCACGAUGUCGGUCAUGGCGCUUAGGGGCCGGGAGCUGACUAGGGAGUCGCUCGGCAGAACGUCGACGUGGAGCGGCGAGGGCUCGGGGUCGAUCGAGAUCCACGACCGAGAAGUCGCCGACCAGCUCGCCCAGACCAGCCGACGGGAAAUUGAGCAGAUUGAGAGAUUGAAGGGUACGAGUCGGGGUCGAGGCAUGGGUUCCAGCCAGCUGUGCCGUCCCCGGUCCUCCCCGACGGGCGGCAGUCGGAACAUGUACCGUGACCAGCGGGAAGUCAGGAGCGCUCACAGCAGCAGGACCAACUCAGCCAUCUCACAGACCGACAAGAUACAGGACUGGCUCAACAAGAAGUCUGUUCAAGGCAUUCAGGAAAAGUAUGAUCCCAGCAGUAAAGACACAAAGCAGAUGUACUCAAAACUGCUGAGGGAAGAAGACACAUUUGUACAGGGGUUGCAGUCCAUGGUAGAUUACAAAAGUUUCCUGGACCUGAGAAAGAAGGAGAUUCUCCACAAGAAGUGGGAGGAGCGUGUACACGACCCUCUGCGGAGGGAGAUACGGAGGGAGAUGAAUGGUCCCAUGUACCCAGAACUGGACAGGACAAAAAGAACGCUGCACCAGAAAUACCUGGACUAUCACAACAAAAAGGGUACAGUAUUUCUGGACACCAUGUCUCCUAAGGAGUAUGAUCCCCUCAUCCUUAUUAGCAACAGACCACAGCCUCUUAAGGCACAGACACCAUUGUUGAGAGAUCCACUCAUUUCUCAAGGCAGGGAGAGGACAGAUGAAGACAGAACUGUGAUCAGAUGUCUCACAGGUAAAACCCUUUCAGAGCGGGAGGUGGAGCAGCAUAGGUUGCCACAGCUCCCCCUAGUGCCUCUGGGCCGGCAUGGCACCGAGUGUCAGACCUGGCUAGCCAUGCCACUCACAGACAUCAACAGUCAAACCAGGCUAAAGAGCAGGAGGAGAAUGCAUGGGAACUACAGCACCAGCCACUUUGACUUCCCCACCACCUGGUCUAGCCAACCUGAGGAACCCUUCUCACUGGUUAUGGAGGAAUGGGAGAAUGACAAGAGAUCCCUGUACGGCCAUCAGAGAUUACCUUUCGCUUCAGUCGCUCCAGUCACCUCUUAACACUUCUAGACUUCAAGUCUUGGUGUUUCUUUUUCCAAUUCUAUAGUUAUUGUUGCUGUUGUGUUGAAUGUAAGAGAAAUAUGAGAUUUUCUGUUUGGAUGUACGUGAAAAAAUACUACAUGAGGGCUUAAAAAUUGCACUUUGGGAUAUUCGCCAUUCAUACAUGCUACAGUAACACAAGUAGUUACAUAUUAAGUCAUUUCUGGUCAAGGAAACAACAUUGUAGAGGUGUUUCUAUAUUCAUAUAAUGGUGCCAGCAUUAGCAACCUGCUCAGAGCAGUUGCAGUUGCAAUGUGUUUUUAGCGAAAAGAAUCUGUUGUUGCCUGCUGUAUCUUUGUACUAUAAUUGUAACGAUGCUGCUACUACCAUAUGAUGGGGAUAUAUUUUGUGAAAUUCUUCUAAUGCAUACUUGUAUGCUAUGGUUACACACCAAGAACUUUUGCUAAAAAGACUAAAAGCAAACAAAAUACAUUGUUUGUUGACUACUUGUAGCAAAAUUCAUUUUUAAUUUGUCCUUACACCUGCUGGACUAUGUCAGAAUACAAAAUACAAAUUCAAAAAAUUGUAAAAACUUUUAUACUGUACAAUGGUGUUGAUUUACAUGGGUAUCCUUGCGACAUAUUUUUUCAUCUCUUGUUCAAGAUGCAACUAUGCAAUAAGAGAAAUUGCUGCUAUGUAUUUCAUUUGUUCCACAAAAAACUGCUGACAAUACAAUGCUUUAUACUUAGUAGUCAAUCUUUUGUUUCUGACUACCAUGCAAUUUGUACAUACAGAUAUGUAAAAAGGAUAUUUUGCAGUGAACAGAAUUUCAUCUGAAUAAAAAAACACUGAA